UGUGUGGCGCUCCUGGCGUGUCACAACAGUACAAACGAGGAAUAGGAGACCGCUAACAUUCUCCCUCAAACCUGAUGCGAAGCGCUUUAAUUUGAUACUUUUUCAUGUUUUGUGUUAAACUAUACGAAACAUGUGAGUGUGUAAGUGAGUGUUAGUCAGUUGUAUCGAUCUGAUGAACGCCUGAAGGUGUGAAGUUCUGUUCUGACUGGAUAUAUCUACAGAUUCAAUGCAAAGUGUCGGAGCAGAGGAAACAUCAGGGCCGAUGUUGCAGAGGAAGGAGUCGUUUUCUCUCCUCUCUACAUCAGAGAAGUGGCUCUUCAGAGGGAAGAAGAGGAAGCAGAGGAAGAGAGAUGUGGACUCACUCAGUCUCUGCAGUUUGGACAUCAAUGAGCCCAGCACGAAGCGUGUGAAGCCUCUGUCUCGAGUGACGUCUCUGGCGAGCCUCAUUCCUCCAGUUAAAGCGGCUCCGCUGAAGCGCAUCGGACAGACCCUGCAGCGCUCCAUCAGUUUCCGCAGUGACUGCCGCCCGGAGAUCAUGGCCCCGCGGCAGAUCCCGCCAGCCGCCACCAAGCGCCGUGACAGCAAGCUGUGGAGCGAGACGUUUGACCUGGGCCUGGGACACAUGCUGUCCUCCAGAGACAUCAAGAGACAAGAGUCCAUCUUUGAGCUGUCUCAGGGAGAACAGGACCUGAUUGAGGACUUGAAGCUGGCCAAGAAGGCGUAUCGUGACCCCAUGCUGAAGCUGUCGAUUAUGGCGGAGCAUGAACUCAAUCAGAUCUUUGGCACGCUGGACUCCCUCAUUCCCCUGCAUGAAGAUCUGCUGAGUCGGCUGCGAGAGGCCAGGAAGCCGGAUGGCUCGACCGAUCGCGUGGGCCAUAUUCUAGUGGACUGGCACGCUGACCCCAGAUCAGCCUCAGACACCGCUCACACUGAGCCUGAAACAGGUGACAUGGUUAUGGGGGACUCCCUUGCCUUUCAAGAUGCCACAGACCCCCAAAUAUCAUCAUCAUAG